GCGACCGGUCAGUGAGGGAUCGAUAUCAUUCGCUGUUCAGAACUCAGUCCUACUUCAAGUAUCAGGAAGCAUCCUAAACCUAACCAUUCUCUAAAAUGGCCUUCAAAAUCGUUGUGUGCUUGGCUUUCCUCGGAGUUGCCGCCGCUGGUCUGGUCCCCGUUGCUCAUGAAGGGGCUGACUACUACUCUCACCCACAGUACUCCUUCAACUAUGGAGUUCAUGAUGGUUUGACUGGAGAUGUCAAGUCUCAGGUCGAAAGCCGCGACGGAGAUGUUGUCAAGGGACAGUACUCGCUGGUUGAACCCGAUGGCUCGGUCCGCACCGUCGACUACACCGCUGAUGAUGUCAAUGGAUUCAACGCCGUCGUCACCAAGUCUGGCCCAUCUGUCCACGCUGCCCCAGCCCAUGUUGCCCAUGUUGCCGCCGCCCCAAUCGUCAAGACCAUCGCUGCCCCAGCUGUCGUUGCCCAUGCCCCAACUGUCGUCAAGACCAUUGCCCCAGCCCCAGUUGCCUAUGCUCAUGCCCCAGUUGCCUACGCUAAGACCUAUGCUGCCCCAGCUGUCUACGCCCACCACGCUGCCCCAGCUGUUUAUGCCGCCCAUGCUGCCCCAGCUGUCUACGCCGCGCACUCCCCAGUCUACGGACAUGCCUAUGCCCCAGCUCACGCCGCCGUCGAAUACCACGGAAAGCUGGCCGGCACAGCAUCUCCAAACAUGACACAGAAUGAAUUUCGAAUGCCGUCACAGGAAACAGCCGGAAAGUCCGAUGCAAUGCAUUUCAACAACCAUGCUAGUUCCGCCUUGGCUGCCGAGUCUUGUUUGCUCAAGAGCUGCAUUCUGGCUAGAACUACCCACAACCAUCCAUCCUUCCUGUACUUCUGGAACUUCCGGUACUUCUCGAAGCUGGACCAGCAGCAAAAAGGACGACAAUCAGCACAAAACUAUCAGCUUUUAACACGUUGUAUUGCUGCAAGCGUGCUGCUGACCCUGGCCAUGUUUGGAACCAGUGCCUUCGCAAGACCCGGAUAUGCCGUUGAUUAUUAUGAUCACCCCAAAUACGCCUUCAACUAUGGAGUAGCUGACCACACUACGGGAGACGUCAAAUCACAGCAUGAAACUCGCGACGGAGACGUUGUGAAGGGACAAUAUUCGCUGGUUGAGCCGGACGGUUCUGUGCGUACCGUGGACUACACCGCAGAUCCGAUCAAUGGAUUUAACGCGGUCGUAUCCAAGAGUGCCCCGCUGGUACAUCAUCAUGCCCCAGUGGUGAAACACGUGAUUCCGGCUCCGAUUAAGGCCUACGCCCCAGCCCCGAUCCCGGUGCAGAAGGUCGUGUAUGCUCAUGAACCCGUGGUUCAUGUCGCCAAGACCGCCCACUACGCUCAUCAUGAGCAUGAGCCUAUCUACCAGCCCUAUGCCGAUUAUCACGAUGGAUACUACAGCCAUUACGAUGAUGGACAUUACUAUUAAGUAGAGCCGAGACUCAACUGUUGCAGCGAUCAAACAGCCAAUGCCAUCUUGACAGUUACCCGGGCUUGAGAAAUUCCAUCCGGAAUCAGCAUCAAGGACCGGGAAUCAAAAUCCGAGAUCUAACCCGAUGACUGAACUGCAUCAAACCAACCCACAUCACACCAAGAUCAGGAUGAAGGGGCUACGUCAAUGAUCUCGUACCAAUGUUUUGCUGCUAAGUGAAAAACCUGUUGUUAACGUGUUUUAUAAAACUGACGUAUUUACGUUUCUUCGUGUCCUCAACCUAACUCUCAUCUGUUUUAAACUUGUAAAUAUGUACAAAUUACAUGAUGCCUACGAAACUCAAUAGAACUGAUUACUGCCUUGCCGUGAGGCUAAGUUCUCAUCUUUACGCUCAUCUACAGAUUGUUGACUACGUUUUUAAAAUCUUACACCAAAUUUGUUGACACUGCCGAAUCUAAGCAACACUUUGCAAUGUAAAAUUACUCAAGAUACACUAGUUUGUAAGAACUUCUAUUAUUGUUUAUUACCUGUAAGACGACAUUUCGCGAAAUACAAU